AUGGCAGAUCAGAAUGUAAGCAAACUGGGCAUCGCUUCGGCCACUCUCAAAGCCAUGGGCUCAGCUCUCCAACGCUCCGUCACAUCACCAUUCAAAGGCGACAAUGGGUCCAACACGUACUUCAAAGAUGUCAUGCUUGCCAUGUUCCGAACUAACCUAGGGAACCUCGAUCUUGCGCAAGACCGGUACACAAACGGCGCAUCGUCAACUCCCACCUACAUGCAGCAUGCGGAGAAAUACAAGUUCGUACCUGAUAGCAUCAAGCUACCUAGUGGAACACAGGCGCAUUGGCUGGGUAGCCCGAGUGGUGGCUAUGUGACGCCGUGCACUGCAGGCCAUAUGCUGUGGCUCGACGACUUCCAAAAGUCCCUCGGUCCCGAUGUAUCCGCACUCCUCCUCGCAUACGACCUCGCACCCGAGGCAAGGUAUCCCAGCCAGCUGAAGCAAGCAGUCGAGCUACUUGAUUACCUUGUGCAUACAAAAGGCCGUAACCCUUCCGAUCUGAUAUUGGGCGGCGACUCCGCAGGCGGCAAUCUUGUACUUGGCUUGCUCUCGCACCUCGCACGCCCACAUCCUGACAUCGCCCCGUUAUCCAUUCCGUCCAAGAUUCACGCGGUACUACUCAUUUCGCCGUGGUGCUCUUUGACACAAACAAAUACACCAGCAUUUGUCACAAACGCGCAACGUGACAUGUUUGACGCGCGAACCCUCUCUCGUUGGGCAUCAGCAUUCCUGGGCUCCGACUCUCCAUUUGCCGGCGAUUUCUACAACGAGCCUGUUCUAGCAGCUCCAGAAUGGUGGGAGCCUGUUGCCCAUGUCGUAGAAGAAGUCUUGAUAUGGGCGGGCGACAACGAAAUCCUAAAGGAUGGCAUCGAGGCAUUUGCGAAGAAAUUCACACAAGGUUUUGGUAGCAAAGGUGGUCUAGUUACCACAGUUGUUACACCAAAAGCGUGUCACGACGAGAUGAUCUUCGAACGAAUACUGGGAUACAAGGGUGACUCGGGCACGGGAAGUCAAAAAGUACUCGAGAGCUGGGUCAGGGCGAAGCUAUAA